AUGUGGAUAGCAACUGGUUCUCGAGUUACAUGUACUGAUAAUCCGUUCAGCCCACAAUCGCCUCUUGUCAUUCGUCUAUUCUGUGGUAGUUAUAUUUUCAGCACGAUUUCAGGAUGGUUAAUAGUGAUUCAACUGUCGGCAACAAGUGCAUUACACCUAAUAUUAUGGAGAAGGCUUCGUUCAAAUAAUAACCGAAACCUUAUUGAGAUAUUAGUUCAUAAAGAGUAUCAGCAGUAUAACAAUUCGAAAGUAUCAACAAUAGAAUUCGCGGAUUCAUCGAAGGAAACAAACGAUGGAAUGGGCAUGUCCCGCGGGUCUCACGUUUUACUGGAUCUUAUAUCAAGCUACAGUGACGAAUCUGCUGCCAAUUCAUUGGAGAAUGGCGGGCAAAGGGUCUGCUCCUUGUGA